AUGAGACUCAUCAAUACCGUAACCGGCGCUUUCGAAGAGUUCAUCGGGGACAACAUCCCACCAUAUGCGAUACUUUCCCAUACAUGGGAAGGACGGGAAGUCUCUUUCAAGGACACGAGUGACCCAUCUUGCAAACACCAAAAGGCCUACCAUAAGAUUGAAAAGACAUGCCAGUUGGCAGCUCAGAGGGACAUUAAGUAUGCAUGGGUGGAUACUUGCUGCAUCGACAAAUCUAGCAGCGCCGAGCUCACUGAAGCUAUCAAUUCCAUGUACCGAUGGUAUCAGAGGAGCAAUGUUUGUUUUGUAUACCUUUCAGACCUUUGUGCAACUGCAGUCUUGAAAACGGCACUCAGAGAUUGCAGAUGGUUCACUCGAGGUUGGACGUUACAGGAAUUGAUCGCUCCGUCGAAUGUCUACUUUUUUGAUCAAGACUGGAACGAAAGAGGAUCGAAACAAGAACUGGUCGGGGAGCUUUCGAAUAUUACUGGUAUCAAAAUCGAUAUUCUGCGUCUUGCGCUACCGCUCUCAUCGAUAGCCAUAGCUCAGAGAAUGUCGUGGGCCGCAAAUCGGACGACGACUCGAAUGCAAGAUAUGGCAUACUGCCUGCUCGGGAUCUUUGACGUUAACAUGCCGCUAUUAUAUGGUGAAGAGGAGAAGGCGUUCCGGCGUUUGCAAGAAGAGAUAAUCAGAUCUAAUUCCGAUUUGAGUAUUUUUGCCUGGACAUAUCCUCGAGUCUCCAAAAAGGUUCAAACUCUAGAUAGCCCUGUAUAUUCUGGAAUACUAGCCAAGUCUCCUUCCGUAUUUCUCGACUGUGUCGGAUUGGAGAAACGAUUGGGACAUGACUGGCGCGAGGUUUCGAGUUUGAAUGGAGGCAUUAAAACGCAGGUACAGAUACUGUCUGAGCCGAUCCCAGGGAAAAGAGGAACCCGCUACUUAUUCCCACUCGACUAUUCUCGAGAGCCCGGUCAGUUACUUGCGGUGCGGCUGAGGAAGUGUGGUCCCGACAAAUUCAUUAGAGACGACCCUUGGACCCUCGUGGAAUAUGCGGAAGAUCUCUGGGCAAACGCUCGGAAGGAUCGAUGUCUCUUAUUCGAGCUCCCUCAGGUUUCGCGGUCACCACAAACGCCGUAUUCCUCCAUGAGCUCUCUGAUAAGCCAAACGAGAGCGCACGUACUGCAAAUACAGCUCCCGCCUGAAAUAGAGAUACACGACACUUGGCCAUGGGAUCGAUGCUUCGAUGCUCAGGACCAAUUGUUCUUUGGAUCUGGAGACGUAAGAUGGGAUUCUGGAGCAAUGAGAUUAAUGACGGAGUUUAUCUUUGAAAGUGUUCGGCGUGAGACCAAAGUCCAGUUUGAGUGCAUGCUGUACGCAGUAGGUUGGUCGUCGCCAGAAAUCGGUGACCUUCAGUGCACGAUAAUGCUCUACGAUGCACACGCGGCAGCAUUGAAAGACCUGCAGUCUCGAAUCGCGGCUUGGGACCAUACUAGACCGCAAGUUGUGGCUCAGCUGGUAUACUACAAUAUUCCAAAGACUUCUGCAGCAGUGUUUAAGAUCCCCAAAAGUACAGCCAGUGUCGUCAUUUCGUUCACUCCAAAGUAUUUCAACAGGAGGAGUGGCUUGAGUAGACAGCAGCGCUGGUAGACAGUAGCGAAAGAAAAUAUAAAAAAACAAAGUAUAAGACGCGAGUAAUGAAUGGUUAGAGGCACUUGCCGAAUAGUUUGAGUGAAGUUUCAUGCAUGCACCAGAGAGACCAAGGGAGAAGAGUAUAGUUUUAAAGUUUUUUUUUGUAUCUUUAUAUAUGAAGUAU